UUUAGAAAAUGGAAGCACAUUCGGGUUGCUUUUGCCACCGCCUUCUGCCCUUGGCCCUCCUGCCACGGCGGUGAAUAACGAGGCUCUGGAUUUCGCCGUGUCAAUAAUCCUGCCCGGUCCCUUUCUCACCCCACGUUUGCCACGAGACCAAGCAGUGAACCGUGCCCUUGUCGUCUCGCGUUGAAACCAACCCAGACCGAUUUCGGCACUCCGCCCUGUGAAUUCUACCUCCGCGAACAGUCCAUUGACAAAUCGCUUGCAAUCGGGGGAGUUUGAUUGUGCACCGCAUCUCCAACAGCGUCGCUCUUUUCAUUCAAUUCAAGUGGUGGGUGACGAGCAAACAUGUGCGGCAUACUCGGCCUCAUCCUCGCCGAUUCGACGAGCGCCGACGCCGCCGUCGAUCUGCACGAGAGUCUCUACUACCUGCAGCACCGCGGCCAGGAUGCCUGUGGCAUUGCGACGUGUGCCGCCGGUGGCCGGAUAUUCCAGUGCAAGGGCAAUGGCAUGGCCUCCAAGGUGUUUGAGGACGGCAAGCGUGUCGCAGACCUGCCGGGCUACAUGGGCAUUGCCCACCUGCGGUAUCCGACAGCCGGGACCAGCUCGAGCGCCGAGAGCCAGCCGUUCUACGUCAACUCCCCCUACGGCAUCUGCUUCGCGCAUAACGGCAACCUGAUCAACGCCCCCGAGCUGCGGGACUUCCUCGACAAGGAGGCCCACCGCCAUGUCAACACCGAUUCGGACAGCGAGCUGAUGCUCAAUGUCUUCGCCAACGCUCUCAACGAGACGGGUAAGGCCCGCGUCAACGUCGAGGACAUCUUCACUGCACUGGCCCAGACAUACCAGCGCUGCCAGGGCGCGUGGGCCGCUACCGCCAUGGUUGCUGGCUACGGCAUCCUUGCCUUCCGCGACUCGUACGGCAUCCGCCCGCUCAUCAUGGGCAGCCGGCCGUCGACCACGAUCGAGGGCGGCACGGAUUACAUGCUGGCCUCGGAGAGUAUUGCCCUCCGCCAGCUGGGCUUCCGUGACUUCCAAGACAUCCUGCCCGGCCAGGCCGUCUUCAUUCAAAAGGGCGGCCAGCCGCAGUUUCACCAGGUCACCGAGGCCGAGGCGUACUCGCCCGACAUCUUCGAGUACGUCUACUUUGCCCGCCCCGACACCAUCAUGGACGGCAUCUCGGUCAACAGCAGCCGCCAGAACAUGGGCGCCAAACUUGCCGACAAGCUGCGCGAGGUGCUGGGGGAGGACGGCGUCCGGGAGAUCGACGUCAUCAUCCCCGUCCCCGAGACGAGCAACACGGCGGCCGCCGUCGUGUCGGAGCGCCUCGGAAAGCCCUUCUCCAACGGCUUCAUCAAGAACCGCUACGUGUACCGGACCUUCAUCCUGCCCGGCCAGAAGGCGCGCCAGAAGAGCGUGCGGCGCAAGCUGAGCGCCAUGGAGUCGGAAUUCCAGGGCCGCGUCGUGUGCCUAGUGGACGAUUCGAUCGUGCGCGGCACCACCAGCAGGGAGAUUGUCAGCAUGGCGCGCGAGGCCGGCGCCCGAAAGGUCAUCUUUGCGAGCUGCGCGCCGCCCAUCAAGCAUCCCCAUAUCUACGGCAUUGACCUUGCCACCCCGCAAGAGCUCAUCGCGCACGAGAAGACGCGGCAGGACAUUGCGCGGCACAUUAACGCCGACGACGUCAUCUACCAGGACCUGGACGACCUCAAAGCCGCCUGCAUGGAGGUGCAGGGCCCCGGCGGCAAGGUUACGGAUUUUGAGGUCGGCGUCUUUUGCGGCAAGUACCAGACCGAGGUGCCCGCUGGCUACUUUGAGCACCUCAACGAACUGCGCGGCAAGAAGCGCAAGAUCGCCGAGGCCGCGGCUUCAUCGGCGGGCGACGGCGCGAACCCGAGCAAUGCUGUGGUUGGCAACAGCGGUCCCGUUAACGUGGCCAAGCGCACGCUUGUCGAUGCCGAUGGCGGUGAUCGUGCGGUCGUCGGCGGCCUUGCGGAGCGGAGGACGGCGAACGGAGAGGAGGAGGUGGAUAAGAAUGCCGGGAUGGCGAAUCCUGAUAAUAGACAGGAUAUUAGCCUUCACAACUUGGCGAACGAGCCAGCCCCUCAAUAGGAGGAUAACUGUUGGGAUUGUCGAAAUCGUUGCGGAUUGUGGGACAGGGGAUGAGGCUUAGAGUGGUUACAGCCAAACUAGAACGGGUAGAUGCCGGUAUCUGGGGGGGUAUUCUAUUUUGUGUUCAAACGACCCCGUCGUGUCACAUAAGGGAGCUGUUGGGGUUGAGAUCUGGGGACUCUUGGGGCGCAUGAUUUUGAUUCAUCUUGCAUCGGCAGCGUAGAUGUGGGUAGGAGUACAAACGGAUGUAGUGAAUGUGCAAUUGUGAUGAUAGGGAAAUGAACUGU